AUGAUUAAAGAAAUAUCAGUGCUCCCUGAUUCCUAUGAUUUUCUUAUUAAAUCUGGAAUAAUUUCAAAAUUAUUUGAAGCAAUGCAAAGUUCAAUUUCAUUUAAUGCAAAAAAGAUCAUUAUAAAGUGCUUUUCUACAAUACUUUAUUACGCAUCAGAUGAAGUUAUUAAUUAUUUUAUUGAAAAUAAUGUGAUGGAAUAUUUAAAGAUGAGUCUUGAUUUAGUCAGAUCCAAAAAGAAUUUAGUGCAUACACUCAGCUCAAUUAGUAAUAUAGUUGAUGCUUUAAUGAAAGAGAAUAGAAUUGAUGAAUUAGAAGAAAUAUAUAAUGACUCAGACUUGUAUUCAAGAGUAGAAGAAAUUAAUGAUAAAUAUAAAGAUAGAUCCAGUGAAAGGACCGAGGAAAUUCGAAUUGAAAGCUUUUCAUUAUAUUCGAAACUUCGUGAAAUGAACUUAGAAUAA